CACAACCCAUACCAAACAAACAAACCACUAAGCCCUCCCUAAUCAGAAUCAUGGAAGCUGUAAAGCUCAUCUCCUCGCUCUCAUUCCUCCUCCUCCUCCUUCCCCUCCUCUUUUCUUCGGCCCUAGCAGACCAAAACCGCUCGCCGUUCGAGUUCAUCAAUGGCCUCAAGGGAUGCCACAAGGGCAACAAGACCAAAGGCAUCCUCGAGCUGAAGCACUACAUGGAGAAGUUCGGUUACUUGCACUACAACCACUCCAGCCUCCACGCCAAUGAUGAGGAGUUCGACAACCUCCUCGAGGAAGCCGUUAAGACAUACCAGCAGAACUACCAUAUGAAGGCCACCGGGACCCUCGAUUCCGAGACGGUUUCCCAGAUGACAAAGCCCCGCUGCGGUGUCCCUGAUAUCAUCAAUGGCACCAAUUCGAUGCGUCCCGGGAGGAAGGGGAACCACCACCGACCAGGGUCCCUCCACACGGUUGGACACUAUAGUUUCUUCCCGAAUAGACCGAGGUGGCCGAGCAACAAGUACCGCCUCACCUAUGGCUUCUUAUCCGGGACACCAAACGAAGCGAUUGGCCCGGUGGCACGGGCCUUCCAGAAGUGGGCCUCUGCCACGCACUUCACAUUUACUCAGGUCCAAGACUACCAAUCCGCCGAUCUCCAGAUCGCGUUCGAACGCAGGGACCACGGGGACGGCGCGCCAUUCGAUGGGCCGGGUGGGACCAUAGCCCAUGCAUUCGCCCCCACCAGGGGGUGGUUCCACUACGAUAAGGACGAGCGAUUCUCCGUGGGACCGACUCCUGGGGCAUUCCACUUGGAGACAGUGGCACUGCAUGAAAUCGGGCACCUCCUCGGGCUAGGGCACAGCCAGGUUCCGGGUGCAAUCAUGUUCCCAAGUAUAAGUCCGGGGGUUUCUAAGGGUUUGCAUGACGAUGAUAUCCAAGGAAUUAAUGCUUUAUACCAAUAAGUGAGACUUGCAUGGUCUCUUAUCUUACACACCACACAUACACACACAGAGAUAUAAUAGGAGUACCCGCCGGAAUAAAUAAGGAGUUGCUUGUUUGUUCGAGUUAAAGGUGAAAUAUUGCCAUCCUCAGCGCAGAGGUCCCGAGUUUGAUCUCGUUAAUGGGACUUUUCAUGUGCUUUUAUUCUCUCUCUUUUUUUUUUUCUUUUUUGUAUUAGGCCUAUGGCCUCUCUAGAAAAUAUAUGAAAUAAUAAAUUUGAGUGGUUCAGAAAACUGUUUAA